AUUGUACGGAGAAAACUGCACAGAAACAUGCAGUCCAUUUUGCAGAAAAAAUCUUCAUUGCAACAAUACUAAUGGAGUUUGUGUAGACGGCUGUAUGGAUGGAUACAUAGAACCAAAGUGCGAUAAAAGUUGCAAGGGUGGCUGGUAUGGCAAAAAUUGCUCAAAGCGUUGUAGCGAAAACUGUUUUAAUCAGAGGUGUAAUCAUAGAGAUGGCAGAUGUACAUUCGGAUGUAAACAAGGCUGGAGUUCUGCCAGCUGUUCUCGAGCAUGUGAUGCAGGAUUUUAUGGCAAAAACUGUUCAAAAAGCUGUUCUAACUGCCUAAAUAGUCUAUGCGACCCUUUUAACGGUACUUGUAUUCAAGGGUGUGAUGACGGAUACAUGGGCAGUAAAUGUGAUGAGUCUUGCCUUAUUGGAUGGUAUGGGAAGAAUUGCUCUAAUUUAUGUAACCAAAAUUGUAUAAACAAGUCAUGUAACAACGCAUACGGUGAAUGUACGUAUGGGUGUGAAGCUGGAUGGAUGGGAUUGAACUGUUCAGACGAAUGCAUGCCCGGAUGGUUUGGAGAAGAUUGCGUAAAAAGAUGUGGUAAAUGUGCUCUCAACCACACGUGCAACAGGACGAAUGGGGCUUGUUUAACUGGCUGUGUGGAACCAUUUACUGGAGUGAAAUGCGACAAAAAUACGGAAAUCUCCCUGAAAAAAGCAACUACAAAUUUUCCUCAAAGUGAUUUUCAAUCUGGCUACGUCAUAGCUUUAUCAGCAGGGUUUGCUGUAUCACUGCUACUUAAUAUAUUUACCUGUAUAGUGGUACUCCGAAGAAGGUACUGUAAAAGAGAUGAGGAAGAAUCGAGACAUUAUGCUGAAUGCAGUGACGUAAUGGCUGUAAAGACUGAAAAUACGCAUACAUAUCAGGAACUUAAUGCUAUAAAUAGUAAUGUUAAUACCUAUCACAAUCUUUCAUUUGGAACUUCUCCGUAG